GUCCCCGACGCCGCUGGUCGGGCGGAGCGGGCGACUGAAUCCAGCAAUCCCGCGCGGGAGUGUUUGGGCCAAUGUGACCUAUGACGAGCGCCCGACUCGGACUGGCUUCCCCUUGAGUCUUGACCGACACCGACACCGACACCGACGCCGACACCAGAAGUAACACCACCUGGAAUGCGACUAAAGGGCUGGCGGUGAAUUUCCGCAUCUCCGCUGCGAUCCCCACCAACCGCCUCAAUCGCCCACACCAUACGCUGUUGCAGCCGUGCAGCCAACGAUGGGCAAUAAUGGCAGCAAAGUCACCAGCCAGGACAGGGCAAUACUGGACCUAAAGAACCAGCGGGACAAGCUCCACAGGUACCAGAAGCGCAUCACGCAGCUCACAGACAAGGAGACGGAGAUCGCGCGGCGGAUGCUCGCGCAGGGCGACAAGAAGCGGGCGCUGCUGGCGCUGAGGCGCAAAAAGUACCAGGAAUCGCUGCUGUCCAAGACAGACGCGCAGCUGGACCAGCUGGAGAAGCUGGUCAACAGCGUCGAGUUCGCCCUCAUCUCCAAGGACGUCGUUUUCGGUCUGGAGCAGGGCACCAAAGUGCUGGAGCAGAUCCACAAGGAGAUGGGUGGCAUAGAACACGUCGAGAAGCUGAUGGGCGAUACGGCCGACGCGAUUGCGUACCAGAAGGAAAUCAGCGAAAUGCUCGGAGGCAGCAUGUCAAAUCAGGACGAGGACGAGGUAGAAGUCGAGCUGGCGGCACUAGAGGAGGAGGUCUCGGGGGUCUCUCUGCCCAGCGCCCCUAAUACCAAGCUGCCAACACCAGAGGUCGAGGCAGCCACAGAGGAUGAGGGAGUGCCUGCGCCGGCCAGGGUAGAAGCGGCGCGGCAGGCCAUGUUGGCGUGAGGUGGUCAGGGGGUUCCUGUUUUUUUGAUGAUUAGAUUUUACCAUGAGCGUAGAUGCAUUGAUAUUUCAUUUCCACAUUUUGAAGAGGAUAAUCAUAACCUUUCGGUAUUCGGCUGGGUUAGGGUUCUGG